AUGAGUUUGCGGAGGCUUAAGGCCAGACGAGGUUGUCCGAGAACGUUUGACUCGGAUAAUGCGAAGGCGUACAAACGAGCGGCAGAGUAUUUGAAAGUGCUGUGCGAAAUCAUGCGAGAUGGCACCGUACAAGAAGAACUCGCAAGAGAGGGUGUAGAAUGGAGAUUUUCCGUCGCUAAGGCUCCAUGGUAUAUGGGAUUCACAGAAAGAUUGGACGGGAGCGUGAAGUCCGCUCUCAAGAAGGUUCUUGAACGGAGCGUGGUCACUGAACAAGAAAUGCUGACAGUUCUCUGCGAAGUGGAGGCAACUAUAAACAAGCCACCACUGUGUGAGAUUCCGGAAUCAGAGCAUAUAGACGACGCCCUCAUGCCUCGUAAAAUACAGGCGAGUGAGAUCGUUCGCCGUUGGCGACACCGGAAGAGCUUGGUGGAAUCCGUAUGGAAGCGUUGGGAGCAUGAGUACCUGUUACUCCACCGAAACUUUCACGAAACGAUGCCGAAAGACAUGAAGACUGUUCGAGUUGGACAAGUCGUCAUCAUCAAGGAUCCCAAUGCGCCCAAACUAUUCUGGCGAAUGGGUCGAAUCGAGAGAGUUAAUGUGGGACGCGAUCAGCAGAUCCGAUCAUGUUUCUUAAGGGUGGGCAACGGGAAUGUAUUACAGAGGCCCCUUGCGCUGUUAUAUCCGGAAAUUAUGUGA